ACUUCCAUCAUUUGUCCCUUUGCCUUCUCUCAACGCUUAAUUUCCUAGUCUUUGUCGACACCCUCUUAAUCAUUUCCCAUCCACUCUUUUUUGUUCAAUAUUUGAUGCUUGAAAGAAAACUUCACACAUCUUCCUUAUGGCUCGUAAGGUAGCAUAUUGGCACCUGAUGCUGCUGCUAUUUUACAUCAUGGUCACGGCUUGCCAAUUCUUUGUCACAUCACAUGGUGCAAUUACUGAUGCUGAAAUCCUUGUCAACUUCAAGAACUCUUUGUCUACAAACUCCUUGCUAAGCAAUUGGAAUGUGUCAGACAAUCCUCCGUGCAAUGGUAGCACCAAUAAUUGGGUUGGUUUGCGUUGCAAUGGUGAUGGCACCAUCGAUAAGUUGCAACUUGAGAAUAUGGGCUUAACGGGCACCAUCAACAUAGACAUCUUGACGCAAUUGUCAAAGUUGAGAACAUUAAGCUUCAUGAAUAAUAGCUUGGAGGGUUCCAUGCCUCAAGUGAAAAAACUUGGCCCCUUGAAAAACUUGUUUUUGUCUAACAACAGUUUCUCAGGUAAAAUUGCCGAGGAUGCAUUUGAUGGCAUGAAUUCAUUGAGGGAAGUUCAUUUGGCACACAAUGAGUUUACUGGUGGAAUUCCAAGAUCACUUGUUUCCGCGCAGAAACUAACAAAGUUGAGUCUUGAAGGGAAUCAACUUGAUGGGAAGUUACCUGGCUUUCCUCAAGAAAACUUGACUGUGUUUAAUGCUGCAGAUAACAAUUUCGAGGGUCAGAUUCCUGCUAGUCUUGCUCACUUCAGUCCAAGCUCUUUCACAGGGAAUAAAGGGUUAUGUGGAAAGCCACUGCCUGCGUGCAAAUCAUCCAAGAAAAAGAUCAUGAUGAUAAUUGUGGUUACUGUUGUAGCUGUGGUUGCAUUAUCUGCUAUUGUUGCCUUUUCCUGCAUCUGUUGCCGCACAGCCAAAACACCCAAAUUCAACUAUUCCAAAAAGAAAAUUGCCAUGAAUGGCGUUGGAAAAAAGGAAAUUCAAUCAUCAGAUCAGUUUGGUGAUGCAAAAACGGUUGAUAAUGGGCAGUUGCAUUUUGUAAGAUAUGAUAGGGGUAGAUUUGACUUGCAAGACCUUCUUAAGGCCUCUGCUGAAGUCUUGGGCAGUGGUACUCUUGGUUCAUCUUACAAGACAGUUCUUUCGGAUGGACCUUCUAUGGUUGUGAAGAGGUUUAGGCAUAUGAGUAACGUAGGGAAUGAAGAAUUUCAUGAGCACAUGAGAAAGUUGGGAACAUUGUCACACCCUAACUUGCUCCCUCUAGUGGCAUACUACUACAGAAAAGAAGAGAAGCUUUUGGUUUCUGACUUGAUUGAAAAUGGCAGCUUGGCUUCUCGUCUUCAUGCCAAGCGUGCUCCGGGAAAACCAUGGCUUGACUGGCCAACACGGCUGAAGAUUGUCAAAGGAGUUGCCAGGGGGUUGGUCUAUCUCUACAAAGAGUUCCCAACAUUAGCUCUGCCUCAUGGUCACCUAAAAUCCUCCAAUGUGCUUCUAGAUGAUACAUUCGAGCCCCUCUUGACAGAUUAUGCUCUAGUUCCUUUGGUUAAUAGAGACCAUGCUCAACAAGUUAUGGUUGCCUACAAGUCACCUGAAUUCACUCACUCUGACCGCACUACAAGGAAGACUGAUGUGUGGAGUCUUGGUAUACUAAUUCUGGAAAUCUUGACAGGCAAGUUCCCUGAAAAUUAUCUAAUGCAAGGCAGGGGUGGCGGUGCAGAUUUGGCAACUUGGGUUAACUCAGUUGUUAGAGAAGAGUGGACAGGAGAGGUAUUUGAUAUGGAUAUAAUGAGGACUAAGAAUUGUGAGAAAGAGAUGCUAAAGCUGUUGAAAACUGGGAUGUGCUGCUGUGAAUGGAAUAUGGAGAACAGGUGGGAUUUGAAGGAGGCUGUAGCCAAAAUUGAGGAUUUGAAGGAGAGAGACAAUGACAAUGAUGACUUCAGUAAUUCCUAUGCAAGUGAAGUCUAUUCUUCUAGAGCAAUGACUGAUGAUGAUUUCUCUUUCUCUGUCAAUGGUUGAAUUGAAUGAACAAAGCUAGCUCACUACUGUUAUUUUUCCAAAUUAUGCAUUGGCCCAAGGGUUGGAGUAGCUACAUUAAGAUGAAAGGAUAUAGUUUGUUGCAAGUGCCACUUUAUUUUGCCCUAAUUCAUAUUUGCCCAUGUAAUGACACUGGUCGAGUUAUAUUUAAGUUCUUUAUGUCCUCUUGCUGCUA